AUGCACGCGCCGAGCGUGAGCCUGCUGCCGAUUCUCAAGAAGAGGGGCAGCAAGGGCAGUCGCAGCAGCUCGAGGUGCUCCUUCGUCCUGCCUCCGGAGUUGCACGACGUUGGCGAGAGCGGCUUCCGCAUCAAGCCAGAGUCCGACCCCAUCGUCGUCGAGGAACACAACGUGAGCACGUUCUCGCUGCCAGCGGAGGCGCUCACGUAUCAGCCGCCAGCCGAUCUGAUGUUUUCGCAUUUCAAGAACGGCGACGCGGAGAGGAAGAUCCACUGCAACACGGAGCUGCAGCCUGAGGAAUUGCAGAGGUUGUGCCAGCUGCAGCACGAGGCGUUCGAACGGGGCGUUGAGUUCUUUCCUUCGGUCGCUGCGAUGGCGACCCGGUUCCUGAGCCGCUCGCGCGGCGACUGCAAGAGGGCGCUGAAGCUGAUGCAGGAGACGCAGGAGUGGCGGGAGAGGUACUUCGAGGCCGGCCCGCUCAGGGACGAGGACCUGCGGGAGGACCUGGGCCAUGGCAUCGUUUACUUUUGCGGCCGGGACAGGUGCUUGCGUCCGACGGUCGUAGUGCGGGGCAACAGGAUUCCCCAGCGGUGGUACAAAGAGAAGCGGGUUGACAAGCUGGUCCGCGUCCUUGUCUUCUGCACGGAGUAUUUCCUCCGCUACAUGGUCGUGCCCGGAAAGGUGGAGAACCUCAAUGUGAUCUUCGACCUGAAGGGCCUUGGCAUCUCCCAGGUCCCCGUGCACGCCCUUGCCGAGGUGUACGGCGUCAUGAGCCACCACUACAUCGGUCGGGUCUUCCGCUUCUACGUGGCCAAUAUGCCCUUCACCCUGCGCGCCCUGAGCGGGGUGGCGAUGGCCAUGAUGACGGACCGGCAGCGCCAGAAGCUGACCAUCUUGGACAACGUCAGCAAGCUGAAACAAGACUUCGCUCCGCACCAGCUCGAGAAUGAUCUCGGGGGCGCCCUGCCGCCGUUCACCGAGUUCUUCCCGUUCCCACUGCAGGCUGGCCCCUUUGGCCCAGACGCGACCGGACCUGACAGCACCGCAGUGCCGUACGUGCACAGGGUGCUGACUGCCGCAGGCGCUCGGGGCACGCUCUGGGAUCCCAGGCUCUGCGCGGAGGAGAACACGGCGCUCAAGUACGCCGCGGACGCGGCCGAGCUCCUCUGCCAGUGCGGCCUGGAGGCGCAGGCAGGGCACCUGAGGGAGACCACGCCUCUGGCGAAGGCCAACUCCGCCAGCAAGAUUGCGAGCAGGGACGUGACGCCGUGCUGCAGGCGGGCCGGCGUGGACGACGAGGACGAGGACUUGCUGUCGCCACAGGCCAAGGAGCCCGUCUCGCAGGCCUCCACGGAGGCCUGCCGCAGCGACCUCUCCUGGGGCAGCGAGGCCGUGCCGUGGGGCCCCUCGCCCGGCGAGCUGCGCGCCCGCGCCGUGCGCCUGCUGCGCGGGGCCCAGCGCUCGGGCUGCCUGCGGGCCGCCCUCGCGGAGGCCAGGUCGGGGGCGCAGGUGGCGGAGCGGGCCCCGGCGCUGACGCAGGCCUGCCAGGCGGACGGCUUCUUCGGGCUGCCGGCGUGCUGGCUCCAGCCCGCACCUGGCCGGUGA